AUGCCCAAGGUCCGCACUCAAGAGCUUAACAAGAAGUCCAAGGCCGACUUGGAGAGUCAACUUGUGGAGCUCAAGACUGAGCUUCUCCAGCUCCGUGUCCAGAAGGUCGCUGGCGGUGGUUCGAGCAAGAUUGCUCGUAUCAACACGGUCCGCAAGAACAUUGCGCGUGUUCUCACGGUCAUGAACAUUAAGCAGCGUACGAGUCUGCGUGAGUUCUACAAGGGUAAGAAAUAUUUGCCCCUUGACCUGCGCGCCAAGAAGACCCGUGCGAUCCGCAGGAAGCUCACCAAGUUUGAGCGCAACCAGGUUACUGAGCGCCAGCACAAGAGGAACGUGCACUUUGGCACUCGCCGCUAUGUGUUGAAGGCAUAA